GACCACUCAUCAAAAUACAGUUGUAAUGGAAGCAUUGGCUUAACAAAAUGUUCUUAUAAAAAAGCUAUUAUUUCAAGACACAGAGAACUCAACCAUGUCGGGUACAUUCCCCAUAAAAGACGACGACACGCUAAAAGAAUUGGAUGAAAAUAUAGACGAAUCCAACACUAAAAGCUAUGCAAGCACUUUAGUCAAUAUGGUGAAAAAAAUUAUUUCCAGUAAUUUACAGAAAAAUAUUGACUUGAUUUUCGAGCCGGAAUUCAUUUAUGAGUACAACACGGACGGUAGUCAUGGAAAGAAGCGGUUGAAGGACUUCAAGCUGUAUAAAGUCGUCAAAGAUGCCGUUGCAACGUUAUAUGGUGUAGAAGAGGCUGAGGAGAAGAUUCGAAGGGCGAUCCAUCUGUCGAAAAAGCGCUAUUUGAAAAAAAUACUUAUAAGUAAACGAAACCAAAGUGACGAUUAAAGUAGUCUUAUACAGUAACUUACAAAAUUAAGCAUGGAGUGAUUUUUUUACAAUAGUUAUUGAAAUUAUAUCAAACUGUUUAAACAGAGUUUUUAAUUUUUCAUUUCGUAGGUACGCAAUUUAUAGCCCCCUUAACCUUUUUUGGUGACGGUGUUAAGCAUUUCCUUCCAUAUAAAGAAAGUUUGGAAUUGGUUU